CACACACACACACACACACACACACACACACACACACACACACACACACACACACACACACACACACACACACACAGUAAUAUGAAAAUACAACACAGAGUUGUAAACCUUUCUUCAUUUUACAGCAUAAUGAACUUCCAUUAAAAAAAAGUUAUUUCUAAGAACCGAAAGAUAAAGAGAGAAUGUGAGAAGAAGAAGAAAAUACAAGAAAAUAUAAUAGAUAAAGAAAACGAAAAUAUAAAAAAGUAGAUAACGGAAAAAGACAUAAAGUACAUAAGUAGAUGCAAAAUAGAGAAAUAAAAACAAAUGAAAAACGUCGUGCGUGUAAAGAAUUUGAUGACGUCAUUUCGAAGGAUCUGUACUUAAGGAAUUUGUAUUAGAGUUUUAUUGACAUUAAGUCGGGCGAUUACUUUCUUUCGACGAUGAUGAUUCCAUUGUAGAAAAGAGAGUAGGUGUUGAUAAAGAUUGGAAUUGAAGAAUGUGAGAAGUGGGAUAAAAUAGUUGAAGAAAAUAAGUUAAAAGAUAAUGGAUUAAUUAAUAAAGACGAAAGUGAGGUGAGGUAAUUGAAAAAAAGAAAAGAAAAGGUAAUAGAUAUGUAUAUAUAUAUAUCAAGUGAGUUUCUAAAUGAAUAGACAACUUAUGAAAAACGAAAAUACGAUACGACUUUCAUUCAUUCAGAGACAUAUUAAAAAAAACGGUGAAAAAUAAAAAUAAAAAAAAGCCUACUAUGAAAGCACAGCAGAUAUCCCCAUAGGCCUAUUGAGGAAAUCCCGACCUCUGGAAGUCCACGCUGACCUCGGGAACACAAGAGGUCAAAAUGGGUCAGACUUGGCUUACGAGACGAGCAAGCAUGUUGCGGAUGGAGGAAGAACUCCACAACCUCCAACUCCACUCACAAAGAUCCACGCCUCUCGAACCCCAUCCCAGAACCCACCAUGAAGGAGGGGAAGACAGCAGCCCGGACUCCCCUCCCGGUGGGGUUCAGAUCACCUAUCGGGACGGCCAGAGGGUGAACUGGCUCGAAGGAAUCAUCGGCUGCCUGAGGCCCGUGUGGACCAUCAUCGGCAAGGCGGCCAUCAGUGAGAAACAGCAGCAAACCGACAACUGGGAGAUCCCGUUCGAGGAAGUGUCGAACCUGGAGUGGCUCGGGUCAGGAGCUCAAGGAGCAGUGUUCCGAGGGCGACUUCGAGGGAAUUGGGUAGCCAUAAAGAAGGUCAGAGAGCAGAAGGAGACCGACAUCCAGCACUUGAGGAAGCUGAACCACCCUAACAUCGUCCAGUUUAUUGGUGUGUGCACAGCUGCACCCUGUUACUGCAUUGUGAUGGAAUACUGUCCUUACGGUGCCUUAUACAACCUCUUGAAGGACGGCCGAGAUAUCCCGCCGGACAAGGUCGCCAGUUGGGCCAAGGAGAUCGCCUCGGGGAUGAACUACCUGCACCAGCACAAGAUCAUUCACAGGGAUCUGAAGAGUCCCAAUGUCCUCAUUGGAGCCAACCAAGAAGUGAAAAUCAGUGACUUCGGAACAUGUCGCGAGUGGAAUGACGUGAGCACCAGGAUGAGCUUUGCAGGAACGCUAGCUUGGAUGGCACCAGAGGUUAUUCGCAAUGAACCUUGCAAUGAGAAAGUGGACAUAUGGUCAUUUGGAGUCGUUCUCUGGGAAUUGCUGACGUGUGAGAUUCCGUACCGUGACGUUGACAACUCGGCUAUCAUCUAUGGGGUUGGAUCUAGCUCUCUCCACCUCCCCAUACCCUCGACCUGCCCCGAUGGAUUUAGACUAAUUGUUCAGAUGUGCUGGAAUACCAAACCACGAAACAGGCCUUCGUUCAAGUAUAUUUUGAUGCAUCUUGACAUCGCAGCAGUUGAAAUUCGCAGCACACCUCCUGAAACAUAUUUCAAGACACAGAUGUCAUGGAAGGCAGAGAUCCGGCAACAGAUGGCGUCCAUGAACUCCAGAGGGUCACACAUUCCUCGCAUGGAAGAAGACCUUGUCAAACGGCGGCACGACGAGCUGAAACAUGCUCAGGACAUCCGGGAACACUGGGAGCGGAAACUUGUCAUUGCCAAUGAUCUCUACCUUGAACUAUCGGCAGCAAUGUUGCAGCUUGAACAACGGGAAAAAGAGCUUCUAAAGUCGACUUCCAGGAGGGAACACGCAAACCAAAUACACAAAGGAAAACGGAGGAUAGUUCGGCCGCUGAUCAAGGCCCAAGAGCGGCUUCAGGCACGCAGGGGAGGCCAACUCACAUCCUCCAACCCAACCAGUCCCGAGGCACAGACGAGUUUUGUGUCUACGUCAAAGCUGCCAUCGAAUCGUUCCAAGAAGCCCCUCUACACUGAGAUUGGUACAAACAAUCUCCCGUUGUCCACGACGAGGCCUGCUUCCCUUCACGUGACCCAGAGCAACCCCAGGUCCUCCACCAACUCACAAAACGUGGGAGGAGUGGCUGAGUCAGGCCACCAGGAGACUGACCUAGGUAGCCGUGGGGGCUCGGGUCGAAGGCGACGGCACCAGAGGAACAAGAGUCAUGGGGGGGUCAUUGCAUACGUCAGUUCAACUAGUCCUAAGCAUAGUCCUGUUGUAGAUAGAAGGGGUUAUAGCCUCAGCCCAAGCCAUGAGAGAGUUCCUAUACUAGUAGACUCAGGAACGCAGACUGAUCACAUGGACAUGAGUGAAACUGACACUUCGCCUGUGAAGACCCCAGGGCCCAACAAACCGUCCACACUGCCUCUGCAUAAGGAAGACAGGGACACAAGCGGGGACAAGAAGCCUCCCUGCGGCCACACUGCCCUCGAGACCAGUCCCAAUGGCAACACUAUCCCUGAGCAGAGCCCUUGCUGUGAGCACUGUCCUCGGCAGCAGUAUUGGCGGUUAACUUCAACAGACUCUAAUGACUCUAAUAAAAAUUUCCCCAUUGCUGACCCAGUUGUAGCAAGAUUAAGUGAAGGUAGAGAAGAAUAUACAAUUGAGGAGACCCUACAGAUACUCAACAACAAUGAGGAUGAUGUAGACAUUCUCCACCAGCUCGGGGACAAGUGGGAUGCAAUAGAGAGAGUUUUAGCGGAUAAAAAAGCACUGCCAAAUGGAUACAGACGGGUAAAGCACGGUCCUCUCAUGAGAUUUGACCAUUCCAUUCCGGAAAGUUUCUCAGAGUCGACCCCAAUGGACAUCGGCCAGCCAAAGCUUGAAAGCAUGUCUCAGAGCCAGUCCUCAAACACUACAAAUGAGACAGAGGAAGAGGAGAGAAACUCCAGCAUUGAGCAGGACAUCCUGAAUCGCAAUUCAGACAUGGUUGCCUCCAGUGAAUUUGAUUCCAGCCAUGACUCUGUUGGUCAUGAGUUGUCAGAAGAAGAGGAGGAUGAGGAGGAGGAAGAUGAAGAUGAUGAUGAUAAUGAUGAUGGUUCCCUAGAUGGCCAUUACCAAGUCAUAAAACGAAAAUGUUUCAUGCGACGGCCUAUUCCAAGGAGCAAGAACCAUCGGUCUGUCUGUCUGACAAGGUCCACGCAGAGCACACAGAGCUCAGAAGGGGGGGUGUCUGAGGAUGAAGCUGGGCCUUCUGUCAGAGCGGGUUACUACUCUCAUCGAUUAGACGGCCAGUAUCCUUCAAGAUUAAUGAGUGGGGCUGGCCCAUCUCAUGACAGUGACACCUCAGACUCUGAAGAUGAUGGAGAUGCCAUCAGCGUGACGACUGUUGCCCCAGGUGCUCAGCCGGAACCUGCAGCUACCUCUGGGCCUCAGAGCAACACGAGCAGUGACACGGCAGUAGGAGUAGGAGGUGGAUCCGACCUCUUUCAGAAGUCUGGCGAAGAAUGCUGAAACCAACAGACAAAAUGAACAAACACUCUUGGGACAGUUACGUUGUUCAGUGCUAAUGGUAUAGGCAGCAGUGGUGUGACGUCGCUCAGCAAGCAUGGCAAAUCUUGGUGCUUGUGAAGGAGUUUGACAUCACCUCAGAAACUUUGGCGUUUGGGGAAUUCCUCUCAGUUUGGGAGAGAAAGAAAGAUUACUGAGGAAAAGGAAAUAUAAUUGGAUGAGAAGCAGCAGUGUUUGCACAACCAUGUGUGUGCAUGACAGAAAAAAAGAAGAGCAUACUUUGAAUAUGCAACCAGUGUAAGAUGCCAUUGAUAAUUCAAGUCUUUAAAAGAAUAAUCUCAUGGAAUAUAGUGGACAUCAUAUGCCUUUUGAUGAAAUUCUUUUUUUUGUCAUGAAAAAAAAAAGGGCAGUGUAACUGUACUUAAUGAACUGUAUACAUUCCAAGCAGAGACCUGAGCCGCUAUAAGGGAUCAGGACUAACAGAUAUGAAAAUGUUUGUUUAUGUAUUUCUUCCCGUUGCAUGCCAGAAUUUUAAUAUACACACCUGAUAAUCCAGUACUGUGAGGGAUACAUUUCAGUGUUUCCCCCCCUAAACCAUAUAGGGUGUUUGACCUAACCGUAUCUACUCGUAGUCCAGUUUUCAAGUGAAAAGAAGAAACCGGGUUCUUUUUUUUAAUUUAUUCUUUUUGGAAAAUUUUAUUUAAAUGGAGCGCACAUACCUCUUUAUUGAGAUAAGGUAAAGAGUCUCAUGAGCGAUCCGCACAGAUCAGUCUAGAUAUAUGAAAUAGAAGAGACUAGUGAGGAUGAAAAUAUAGGGACAAAUUUACGGACGGAUUCUGUCGUUUGUUCCGACAGGUUGGAAGGUGUUGUACUGUAGCUCGGCUCUGGUUAUGAAACGGUAUUUCUUGUUUUUUUUUGUUUCUUUUCUUUUUUUUUAGGUUUUUGUUUUAAUAUCUGUAUUAGUAUGAGACUCUGCCAAUACUGUGCUCAAUUGAAUUGUUUGUGUAAGUAGUGUUUAUUGUUUUUUUGUUACAUAAAGUUAUUUUUUUGAAUAAUGGGCAUCUACUCCUCCGCAGUAACUAAACAUUCCAUUGUGUUGAUAUAUGGCAUUUGUACAGUAAUAUAAUUUAAGGGAUUUUUUUUAUUCAUAUGCUUUGAUGGUGCAGUCAUGUAUUACGUUUUGAGAACUAACCAGUUGGUUGUGUUUUUCUUCUUAUUAUAAUUUUUUAUUUUAUUUUAUAUUUUCUAGUCGGGAGUGCAUAAUCUCAAAUUCUGGAACAUCACUUUGCUCAAUUUUUAUUGUUUGUAAUUAAGUAAAAAAUAAUUGUGGAAUUUGCACAAGCCAUUGUUUUUAGUAGAACGAUUACAGAUCAAAGGGAAGUGCAAGAGUAAGAGAGACAGAAAUCUAUUAAAGUUAUGAAAAUCAUGAUACUGAGAGAUUAUUUUUGGAACUUAUUUUUUGUUGCCAAAACAACCAUCCACACCAAAAUCAAUUCCGUAAAUAAGUUAAAAAAAAAAAAUAUAUAAUGAUGAUUGCAGUUACAAAUGCAGGUGAUGUUCCAGAAUUCAUUUUUUUUUUUUUUUCUAUUUGUUAUAAUUUUAUUUAAAGAGCUUAAAGCCCACUUAGCCCUUAUUCUUAAGGCUUCUGGGGGACACAGAUAUACAUCUAUUAAGAUAGUAGAUGAAAUUUUUUAGUAUCAGAAGUUACGUUUUUAUUUAUUUGUUUAUUUUUUCCAUAAGUCUACUGUCAUAAUAUUUAUUAGAAGUAACGCAACUGAAUUAGGGAAAGUUCUCAUGGUUUCUUUGAGUGGCAGCUACCAAAAAAAAAAAAGUUAUAGAAAAAGUGGUCGUCAAAAUUUCGUAUCGGUGUUCAGUUCAUGGAUUAUGUCGUCUUAGCUUAUUCUACCCGAGUUGAAAUGGGAAUUUGUUUAAGUCUUAGUUUUGGACUAUGCAAAACAGGUGAAUGUAAGAUUGGUAAGGAACUUUAUCAGAUGGUUAAGAGUGUGUACGUACCAGUUAAGUGUACUUUAGUAUGCUAUGAGUACAGACGUAUAGAGUAUAAUCUAUGGCUUUUUUAAGGUACAAGGACUAGAAUGACAGACUGAAACUUUAUUGACUUAGAAUAUCGUGAGAGAGAGAGAGAGAAAAAAUAUCGAGAAAUAUUGUAGGUUUUUCGGUUCCCGAUGGUUGAACUUUGUCUUGCUCUGUACCUGUAUCAGCUGCUGUAACGGUGGUUAGUGAAUGGUAGUAAGGAACAGAUUUUAUGGUAAAGUGAUUCGGAGAGAGAAGUGACAAGGAAACUUUCUAACAAAUGGCAACUUGUGUAUAUAGAAUAUUGUUUAAUAUUUUUUAAUCCUCCUCCUUCUCCGCUCUCUCUUACUUUUUCCUCUCUCUCGUACCUGCACUCUGUCGUAUUCUUUCUUUUGUGGAGUACUUGAUAUGGUUUUGAGUAUAGCCUAGACUGGAAGAGAAAAGUUCAGUCUUGUGUUAUAGCUCACGUAUGAUAUGCAGUAUUCUACGUUUUUUCCCUUUUAUUGGAAUUGUUAGAAGUGACUUUGUCAAUUAUCCUCUCUUGGGGUUGGCAUGCAUUAUUAUUUUUAAAUAGAUAUACAAAUAGGUUGUAUUGAACAGGUUAAGGCAAAGGCAGGAAGAGAGAUGGUGUAUAAUAACAAAAAUGGAAAGGUUUGUAGAUGGAAAAAGGUUUAAGACGUAAUUUCAUUUCUCUCACCUAAUAUGUAAAAAAUAAAAAAUGUUCAAGUGGAUUUUAAUGAUAACUUCAAUCUUUAUGUGUCCAGUAAUCCAAUUUUUUUUUAACAAGGACUGUGCAACUAUUUUUUUUUUUUCCUUUUUCGGUAAUGCAAGUACGACAUGGUAUGGGAAUAGUUCAUAUUGUAAGUAUGAUCAGUGCAAAAAAAAAAAAAGAAUAUGUUUCCCUGCUUAUUGAAUUUUGGGUAAGAAUGAGAGAUGAGACGAGUUUGAUUACAGCAUCUGCUUAUGUAAAACUUAAUUUUGGUAGUUGAAAGCUGCAGUAAACAAAGAUAUAUAUAUAAAAAAAAAAGUACUGCGCCAUCUUUAAAGUGUCUGACAUAGUUGGUGAGACAUUUAACAUGUUAAAUUCUAUUAUUGUACAGAUUAUGUAAAUUUUAGAGUGUGAGUAAAUUUGGAUAUACCCUGUAUAUAUUGUAUUCUAAAAAAAAAAUCAUUCUUUUUUUUUUCUUUUUUUUUUUUUCCUUCUCGUCUCAUGUUGAAAGGUAAUCAUGUAUAGCACUCGAGUUUUACCAUAACUUCUCCCCAUGUGUAUAUUUUUCUGUUGUUUUUUUUUUUUUCAUUUCAGAGUUUUCAGGGACUCAAAAAAAAUAUCUGUAUAGUCAUAUUGCCUUGAUUUGUUUCCUGUUCAUUGUUUUUUUUUUUUUUUUUGUUUUUCAUCUUCAUGGGACUUUGUGACCCUUCUUCCCCUAAAAAAAAAAAAAAAACUUUGCUUUUUUGAAUGCCAAAGGAAGCAAAGUUUUUUUUUCUUUUCAUUUCCUAAUCUUGUAAAAUGUUAAUAUAAAUCUGUAUAUUUAAUUACAUAUGGCUUUAGAGGAAAACACUGGUCAAACUAUAGUUAUUAAACAAUAACUCAAGCAUCAUUUGCACCUCAUUGUUAUAUUCAACAAGUUAAAAAUAAAAGUAAAUCAAAAUGUCCAAGUUUUAACAAGAAUGAAAUUGUGCCAAAUUGAAAAAAAAAACAAUAUAUAUACACAUCAAGCAGUCUGAGUUGAUAAGCAGUGUUUCCCUACUUUAUUUGAAUAAGUCACAGAAUCACACUUUAAGCUACUCCUUCUCCUGGGUUUUAUACAUUGCUGUUUUCUAUAAAGGUACAAUGACAGUGACUUAAACAAGAUAUAUAACUAAUUACUAUCCACUCUCUAUUUAUUUUUUUAUUUAUAUAUUUUUUGAGAAACAUUUUUUUUUUCUCUCCGUAUUCUUUUUCACACGAAGCCAUCCUCUUCGCAUUCUUACCACUUCAUUUGUUAUUAUUAUUUGUAAUUUAUUGUGUUGAUAAUUUUCCCGCCAUCAAAUCACGAAACUGUUUUUUAUCUCUUCUGUUUUGUUUUCUAUUUAUCUAGUAUCUCCAUUUUUAAAAAUUUUCGUCCUAUUCGUCUUUGUAAUUUUUAAUCCUUUCCUGAUCAUUCUAUAUAUAUUUUUGAAAUAUUAUUUACUCUCUGGCCUUACUCAUUCUCCAUAUAUUUUAGAAAUCCAUAUGCAGUCAUUCUCUCUUUCUAUAUAUAUAUAUUUUUUAAUCUGUGUCCAACAAGUUUCCGUAUAUCUAUAUUUUUAUUCUUAGAAUCAUUCUCCAGAUAUAUUUUUUAUCAUUAUCCACUCAUUCUCCAUUCACACAUUCUUUAUCUAGCAUUCUUCCUCUCCCGUCUUUUAUUUUUUGUCUUGCUCUCCAUUCACACCCUUUUUAUCUAGCAUUCUUCCUCUUCCCUCCUUUUAUUUCGUCUUGCUCUCGUAGUCCCUUAGAUGUCGCUGCAUCGGACCCUCGUGUCUGUAAUGGACAAAUACUCUACCUUCAAAAAUAAAUGUGACCUACAAAUGAAA